AGUGAAGCCACGUUGUAUAAGCAGCUAGCGCCUAAAGGGGGCGUUGCUUUUCCGCACGCACGCAGAGAACACACCACACCCUCUCUUUUCUCUUUUCUCUCUCCACUGUUUCCUAUAAAGUCCGUCCCACUCCAUUUGCUUCCCCCUCAGAUACACAUUGUCUCCAUAUUACAGGCUCAACUCAAACUCACAACAAACUCUGCAUCACGAAUAUGGCACCCAGGGACCUACCCGCUGUUCUUUCCGGAUCCAACUCGAUCCAACCACUCUCCAGAGAGAUCCGAUACAGAGGGGUGAGGAAGAGGCCAUGGGGCCGCUACGCCGCCGAGAUCCGCGAUCCUGGCAAGAAGACACGUGUCUGGCUCGGCACUUUCGACACGGCUGAGGAGGCUGCACGUGCCUACGACUCCGCGGCACGUGAGUUCCGCGGACUUAAGGCAAAGACCAAUUUCCCCACCCCGUCGGAGAUCAUCAACAGCCCCGCCGCGCGUAGUCCUAGCCAGAGCAGCACUCUAGACUCUUCCUCUCCUCUGCCGCCGGCACCCACGCCGCCAAUGCUCGACCUCACACUCUCCCCCUUAGCCGCCUCCGCCGACACAACGAUGGUGUUCCCGGUGGCUCGCCCGGUUAUGUUCUUCGAAGCGUUCGCUCGUGCUGGGAUGUGCGGGUUUGACCGCCCCGUUGCCGAUUUUCGACGCGCCGCUGUUGCCGUUGCUGCCUCCGGCGCAGCGCAUAGCGAUUCUGAUUCGUCCUCGGUCGUGGAUUAUGAGCGUGUGCCUCAUCGGAGACUGAUGGAUCUUGACCUCAACGUUCCUCCUCCCCCUGAGGUAGCCUGGUCUGGCGGUUAACCGUUUUAUCAAGAACCGCCGGUUUUCUGGCCGUCAUUACUCGUUUCUCUCAUUUGCUUUUUGUGGUUCGUGGUAAAUUUGUAGCAAUUGUUUUUGGAAGGAAACAUAAACGCUCUCGUGUGAGAAACAUAGCAUCAGAGAGUGGAGUUGUGUUAGUAGCUGACUUUUGAACUCCGCACGAUGUGUAAAUAGAAGAUAAAAUAGUUAACCAAAGAAGAAGAAGCAGGGCUUCGUUUUUCUGUUCUCUGCUGAAUGUUUUUUCGCGACGGAGAAAAUGAGUAUCUCACUGUUUUUGUUCAUUAACGUUUCUUUAUAUAUAAAAUGGCGUUUCUAUGUUGAU